AUAUCGGUGGCUUCUAUUACAUUUGUAAGAGUCGAUUGUACGUAGUCAUUAUUUCAAUCAUUUAGAUCGAUUUCAUGAUAUCGUAUCCCAACUGACCACCAUGUCAAACCCGUGGACGCAGUACUAUUCUGACAACUUUCGAGUGGUACCUUCUCAGUCUGCUUCUGGAUCAAGCUAUAUAUCAUCACCGAUCUCAUCUACGCCAGUUUCAUCCGCCUCUGCGGCGCCGAUCUUUCAGCAGACAACGAUCACAUCCAACAUUUCACUGCAGCAUCUAUAUGCAGAUGUCAAGGCAAUCCUCCAGUCCGCGGAGGCCUCUCUCGAGGAGCAGAAAAAAAUCUCAAAGGACUUGAAUGAACUGGGCACAACCGUCAAUGCUUUGGAAGGUGUACUUUGUGGUAAUCGCGGCAAGAGGAAGAAGAAAAAGGAGGGGGGGGAUGUGGAUUUAGAUAUUUUACAAUCGGAGGGGGGUAUAGUUCGUCGGUUAGCAACGAUGAAUAGUGCGAUCAACGACUUACUUGCACAUGUCUCUAGAUUGGACACAGCUUCCUGUCACUCUGUAGUGUGCUGCAACGCAAGCACUGCCGCACGUACGCCAUUUCCUCCACUUCAAAAAAAAUACUUGGACACAUCGACGAGUACAGAUGAACCUCUUCCUGCCAGCGCACCACCACCAUGUCUAUUGGAAUUUCGGCCUUGGUUUCCUCCCCUGCAGCGCUCUCCUGAGACACUCGCCCCUGCUAGCUGGAACAUGAAUCGUAUGUAUCUCGUUUUCUAAUUAUCAUCUCAUACUGAGAUUAUAAAUACCACCUUGUCUCAACACCUCAUGCAUUUCGACUACUUUGACUGGCGUUCAUUCACAUAUUACCGGGGUGCACACCACUUCAUCACCGUCGACUUCUCCACGAAUUAUCAUUUCGCC